AUGGAAAAGGGAAACAAAACCAGUGUCUCUGAAUUUCUCCUCCUGGGCUUCUCCACUUGGCCAGGGCAGCAGGUGCUCCUCUUUGUACUUUUCCUGUGUCUCUACCUAACAGGACUGUUGGGGAACUUGCUCAUCUUGCUGGCUAUUGCCUCAGAUCAUCACCUCCACACACCCAUGUAUUUCUUCCUCGCCAAUCUGUCCUUGGUAGACCUCUGUCUUGCCUCAACUACAGUUCCCAAGAUGCUGCUGAACAUCCAAACACAGGCUCAGUCCAUCUCCUAUCCUGCCUGCCUGGCUCAGAUGUACUUCUGUAUGAUGUUUUCCAACAUGGACAAUUUUCUUCUCACAGUGAUGGCAUAUGACCGUUAUGUGGCCAUCUGUCACCCUUUGCAUUACUCCACCAUUAUGACCCCCCAUCUCUGUGCCUGCCUGGUGGCUGUUCCCUGGGUCAUUGCCACUUUGAACCCCCUCUUGCACACUGUUAUGAUGGCCCAUCUGCACUUUUGCUCUGACAAUGUCAUCCACCAUUUCUUUUGUGAUAUCAACUCUCUCCUUCCUCUAUCCUGUUCUAAUACCAGCCUUAAUCAAUUGAUGGUUCUGGUUGUGGUGGGGCUGCUCUUUGUAGUACCUUCAGGGUGUAUCCUAGUAUCAUAUGUUGGUAUCAUCUCUACUGUGAUGAAAGUCCCUUCUACUCAGGGAAAACUUAAGGCUUUCUCUACCUGUGGAUCCCACCUUGCCUUGGUCAUUCUUUUCUAUGGAGCAAUCACAGGGGUAUAUAUGAGUUCUCCAUCCAAUCAGUCAACUGAAAAAGACUCAGCGGCAUCAGUGAUUUUCAUGGUAGUAGCCCCUGUACUGAAUCCCUUCAUUUACAGUCUAAGAAACAAUGAACUAAAGGGGGCUUUAAAGAAGGUCCUGGAUCAAAGCAAAAUCUUCUCCCUGUGA